GUAAUUAUAGAAUUCCACGUUGAAUAAAGAACGUCUAGGGUGACGAGGACGGGAAGUGCCCAUCGAGUAUAGUUAACGUUUCAAGUGAGAACCGAUCAUCGUUCCACGAGUGUCUCAUAUCUGAUUGUUCUGUCCUGUGCAGCUUUCAUUCUAUACGCGUGAUAGCAACCCUUAAAUUGGUCGCUUUGUCGCACACAAUACCACCGACACAGAGAACCAGGCGAGUCGCCGAGAGGAGACGAUCGACCGGCUGGCCAGGCCAGCCAGAGUCUGCUCUCUAACGAGCUUUAGUCGCGUACCGGCCACCGCGCACUGCACGUCGCGAGGCGUUCGUAGUCGGACGAGCGAGGCUCCUGGCUGCUCCUUUCAAUUGACAGACGCAGAGAAAGAGAGUGAGAGGAUCAACAGAGACGAGGAUAAAACUAUCGGAAGAAGAGGUGUUUUUCGUUUGAAAUUUUUCCAAAUUUCCAUUUCGUAUAUACUUGAUCGAUCGGGGUGGUCUCUUUUCCUCGAGACUUUCAGGGUUAGCAAAAUAGAAGAAGAAGGAGAAGAAAGUUGAUACUAGGAAGAGUGUAUUAAGAUGGUGACCAAGUGCGACGUUCUCGUUCUGAGUUGACGAGGGUUCCCCUUAGGAGAGGUCAAAUUGUCUAAACGCGUUCACUGAAGAAAGGGGAGGAGCAGCGAAAACACGUAGCAGACGUAUCACUAAGGAGCCUGAAAGCCAGUCAUGGAUCCUUAUUCGUUAAGUGUGGAGCGCGAGGCGUCGAAGAACAUCGAGGAGAAUGAAAGAGAAUGCUUCAAAGAUGCGAUCGUUUCGAGCAGAAGCCUCAACAAAGGCUUCGUCGAGCCGACCACCAUUAGAAAUGCCAUACCCGAGAUCGCCUCCUGUAUCAUUAGCGCAACCUUCCAUAUUACGGUAGGGCUAGCCAUGGCGUACUCCGCCAUUCUUAUUCCUCAUCUCGAGGCUGAGGACGCGGAACUACACGCGACACAAGAACAGACUUCCUGGAUCGCGAGUGUGGUGGUAGUAUGCGCUCCUUUGGGCUCUGUUUUGGGUGGAUUUCUCAUGGAGAUAGUUGGAAGAUUGCGGACACUUCAAAUUGGUUCUAUUCCCUUCAUGGCAGGGUGGAUCCUCAUAGCAACCUCGACCAACAUCUCGAUGCUUUUAGGUGGUCGAUUGUUGUGUGGUUUAGCCACAGCUCUGGCUACCUCGCCAGCAAUCGUUUACAUCACCGAGGUCGCGAGACCAGAACUCAGAGGAUCUAUGAUAUCUUUCGGUCCAACAUUGGCCUCGUUCGGUAUGGUUCUUUCGUAUUUGAAGGGUGCGUAUCUUUCGUGGAGACUGGUCGCCUGGUUUGGUAUCAUUUACGCCGCUGUCCCGGUGGUAUUGGUGCAACUGUUCGUCCCAGAAUCGCCUGUAUGGCUCGUUUCUAAGGGACGACUGGACGAGGCGAAGAAAUCGUUGGAAUGGCUGUAUAAGUAUGAGGCAAAACAGGGGAAAGUGAGUGCCGCGGAGGCGCAAUAUACCACGAUCGUAAAGGAGAACGAGAUCAAAUUGAGCGAGCGUAGAAAUAGCAAACACGGCGGAGUGUCUGCCAAACUGAGGGCAUUCUUGAAGCCCACUGGAUGGAAACCUAUAACGAUACUCAUACUUUUCUUCUUCUUCCAACAAUUCUCAGGCAUCUACAUCACUCUGUUCUACGCAGUCACGUGGUUCCAAGAAGUAGGCUCAGGCGUGGACGAGUAUGUAGCCUCGAUUCUAGUCGGUGUAACACGUUUUCUGUGUUCGAUGGUGAACACUUGGCUGCUGAGGCGGUACAAGAGACGGCCACUUUGUAUAGUCUCUUCUGUGGGAAUGGCACUGUGCAUGAUCGUUUCCGGUUACUACACGUACCUCAUCAAGAACGGUGAUCGUUCCGGAUACUGGGUUCCUGUUCUCUGUCUCUUGCUCUACGUUUGCACGUCUAUGAUUGGUAUGCUGACCAUCCCUUGGACCAUGACUGCUGAACUGUUUCCAACUGAAAUUCGAGGAAUAGCACAUUCUAUCAGCUACUCUAUAGCCAACUUGAUCAUGUUCUCAGCUUUGCAAAGUUACAGAAGUUUACAAGCUUUCCUCGGAGGAUCCUAUGCAGUGCAAUGGUUCUUCGCGGGUGUUUCUUUAGCAGCCACAGCGUUCGUAUGGUUGUUGCUUCCGGAGACCCACGGGAAGAAGCUUUCUGAAAUCGAGCAGUAUUUCCAGAAUAAUUUCUUAGCUUGCGGCGCCGAAUCGAAGGCGAAGAAACGGCGUGCACAGAGGAGGAAACAGCGUAUCGAGAAAUCGUCUGCUACGGAGCCGUUGAAUCCGAAGACCGUGCAAAACGUUUAUGAACAGUCGUCAGUAUGCUGCGGAUAUUCUAUCGCUGACUAA